AUGGAAGAGCUUACCAUUGAUGGCGAAGUGCGCGUCGAGGAGAUCGUCGGCGAGCAUGCCCCAGAAAAAGUCAUCGAUGCCACAUCAGAACUCUUCCCGACGUCAGACGAGAAGCCGCGCGUCGAGCUUGCCCCUGCAAUUCGCGAGAAGCUCGCGGCAGCUCUCAUUACGAGCCAGCGCGACUUACAGUAUCCUGAAGACCUGCGUGCGCGACUCGAAGCCGCUCUCGACUGCGCCCCGAUCAGUAUUGAUGUUCUUGUUGAAGACGUGACUCUAUACGAGCAGCUUAUCGACCAUUCGCCAUAUGUCGAAGUGCGCUCCGUAGUGCCAGACAGCGAUGAUCCAAAUAUACCGGUUGGCACGUUUCGCGCCUAUGCGAUCGGUCUCACGUUUGCGGUAUUCGGUACUGCUGUCAAUGUCUUCUUCUCCGCCCGCAAUCCUAGCAUCGCACUCAAUACAUUUACAGCACAAAUACUAUCUUAUCCCAUUGGCUGUGGUAUGGCUGCCAGUCUACCGACGCGCGUUUGGUCAAUAUUCGGCUGGAGGUUCACGCUCAAUCCGGGUCCCUUCAACAGCAAAGAGCAUAUGCUCAUCACCAUCAUGGCGAACGUAUCCUUCGGCGGCUUGGGAGGGUAUGCUACUGAUAUUCUGUUCGUGCAAAAGCUGCCUGUAUUUUUCAAUGACGCACGCGCCAACAAGAUAUUCUAUCAGAUCUCACUCGCACUGUCCACUCAAAUGAUUGGCCUUGGCCUUGCCGGUGUCCUGCGCAACACGCUUGUCUAUCCCGCUAGCAUGAUCUGGCCUGCGUCGCUCUCGACGAUAGCUCUCAAUCAGAGCUUCCAUUCUCGCGAAAACACAGUAGCAAAUGGCUGGCGAAUGUCUAAACUCAGACUCUUCUCUCUCGUCUUUGCUGCAUACGGGAUUUACUGGGUCUUGCCCGACGUUUUUGUCAAAGCGUUAGGCACGACGUCUUGGAUUACAUGGUUCGCCCCCAACAAUGCCUCGUUGGUGCUAUGGUGCGGCACAAUCACUGGUCUCGGCUUCAAUCCGCUGCCAUCUUUCGAUUGGAACAAUAUGAUUCUGGACGCCAUCGUGACACCAUUUUCUGCAAUCGUCAAUCUGGUGAUCGGCAUGGUCGUCUUUGGCUUGCUGCUGAUCGUGCCAGUCUAUUACUCGAACGUAUGGAAUACAAAGUACCUACCUAUCAAUUCGAAUCAGCUCUUCGAUCGUUUUGCAAAUCGGUACAAUGUCAGUCGCGUGCUCGACGAGAACUUCACGCUUGAUCCAGCAAAAUACGAGUUUUAUUCAGAAAUCUACCUGUCAUCUGCGAACAGUCUGGUCUUUGCUGCCUACUUUGCCGUCUACGCUUCCACGCUCUCGUAUGUCUUCCUCAAUCACCGAUCCGAGCUCAAAGAAGCCUGGCGGUCAAUCUCUUUCCGGAAACGUGUCGCUCGACCGACCGACUUGCAUAAUCGCCUGAUGACUGCGUAUCCCGAGGUGCCUCAUUAUUGGUAUCUUACCAUUCUGGUGCUCUCGGUCAUAUUAGCGAUCGUAUGCCAGCUUGUAUAUUCAACCGGCGUACCUUUCUGGAGCGUCUUCUUCGCUCUCGGCUUGUCGGGCGUGUUUCUCAUUCCUAUUGGCAUCAUCGCUGCCUCGACCAACAUUGAAGUCACGCUCAACGUAUUGGCAGAGUUCGUAGGAGGCUAUGCGGUACCUGGCAAUCCGCUAGCGCUGAUGAUAUUCAAGGCAUACGGCUUCGUCACCGCUGCUCAAGCAAUACAAUACACAAGCGAUCUCAAGCUAGGACACUAUAUGAAGCUCCCGCCACGCGAGAUGUUUCGAGCACAGGUCAUCGCUUCUGUGCUCAGUGCAUUUGUUGGCCUGCUCGUCAUUGCCUUCCAAGUCUCCGCAAUUCCCGACAUGUGCACGCCAGGUCAGCCGGAUCGAUGGACGUGCCCAGGCUAUCAGACCUUCUUCACCUCGAGCCUGGUUUGGGGCGCUGUCGGCCCUCAGAGACUGUACAGCUUCGGUAAGCGCUACUCGGCCUUACUCUGGGCUUUCCCAGUCGGCUUCGUUUUGCCAUUUCCAGUCUACUUCUUGUCGAAGCGCUACCCGAAAAGCAUCUGGAGCCAGGUCAAUGUUCCUGUCAUGAUCAGUGGGGGCAUGGGAUGGGCGCCGUUCAAUCUCUCGCGAUAUGCACCCGCCUUGCCAGUUGCGUGGUUCUUCUCUGUCUAUGUCAAGGGACGCUUCUUACCCUGGUGGCAAAAGGUAUGA